GUCGGAUCCGAUAAUUUUGGAGUGCAGCUGCUGUCUCCACAGCCUAUCACGAUUUCCAGAACGCUACCUGCAGAGCCUCCGGCUGCCUCGGAGCUGUUGGCGCGAGCUAGCUGGGUACAAGCUUUGGGUGUGCCCGCUUAUCCCACCACGAAUUCGGCGAAAAACUCACCGCGGCGCCGUCCGGAGACAGGGCCGUAAAGGCACGCUCAGGAGCUGUGGCAUGACGUACUCUGCAGACGAGUCGUGCUCAUAAUGGCGUGGUCGAAGUGGUGUGGGCUCCCUGAUCGCCCCAUCCUCGCUCUUCAUGUUAUAGUCCACCUGUAGCCUGGUCAUUUCUCAUGAACAAUCAAAACCACGUUUUGAACUGUAAUCGACGGCAGAUAUAUAAAGCUUCGUCGCAAACCGGAGACUAUCCAGCUCAGUCUCUAUCACCACACUGUAUCCGGGUCGCGACCAUCAGCACUCAGGCGGCACGAAAAGCCCUUAGCGAUCUUCAUCAAUCUUCUGGUCCCGUGUUCGGAGAGAACGAAUCAGAGAAGCAAACCAUGGAGAACGGAAUCUCCGAGAAGGACGAGCUCAGCGCGUUUGGCAAGGCCCGGUCCACAAUCAAAGGAGAGCCCCUCUCGGCCGACGACAUCAAGAAGUACAAUGACUUCUUCAAAGCUAGUCUCUAUCUGGCGAUCGGCAUGAUCUAUCUGCAGAAGAACCCCCUGCUCCAAGAGCCUCUGAGCCUGGAUCACAUCAAAAAGCGACAGCUUGGGCAUUUCGGGUCCGUCCCCGCUCAGAUCUUCACGUAUAUGCACUUCAACAGGAUGAUUCGCAAGUAUGACUUGGACGCCAUCUUCAUCAGUGGGCCGGGACACGGUGCGCCUGCUGUGAUAAGUCAAGCAUACCUCGAGGGCACGUAUUCCGAGGUGUACCCGGAAAAGUCAGAGGAUCCCGCGGGUAUGCAAAAGCUGUUCCACAAGUUCUCCUUCCCAGGCGGAACAGCCUCUCAUGCCUCUCCUGAGGUCCCCGGCAGCAUCCAUGAGGGAGGAGAGCUCGGUUACUCCCUGUCCCACGCAUUCGGGGCCGUCUUUGACCACCCAGACCUCAUCGCCCUUACGAUUGUCGGCGAUGGCGAAGCGGAGACCGGGCCACUUGCAACGUCAUGGCAUAGCAACAAAUUUUUGAACCCGAUCACGGAUGGGGCCGUCCUCCCAGUACUGAAUGCAAACCAAUUCAAGAUAGCGAAUCCAACGAUCCUAUCACGAAUUCCGCAACAAGAGCUUGAGAGCCUCUUCAUCGGCCUAGGCUGGACCCCUUACUUCGUUUCGGGCGACGACAUCGAGUCAAUGCACCAGGCCAUGGCUGCGACCCUUGAGCACUGCGUCAAAGAGAUCAAAGGGUUCCAGAAACAGGCCCGUGAUUCUGGCAAGGCCUUCCGACCUCGGUGGCCAGUGGUGAUCUUGAGAACGCCAAAGGGCUGGACCGCACCCCGAAAGGUUGACGGCCACUUCCUGGAGGGUUACUGGCGUGCACAUCAAGUCCCCAUCACCACUGCUCGUGAGAAGCCCGAAGACUUGAAGAUUUUGGAGGAUUGGAUGCGGAGCUACGAGCCAGAGCGGCUGUUCGGCAAGGAAGGCAAGAUCUCACCAGAGCUCCGCGCGCUGUGCCCUGUUGGAAAUCGACGAAUGAGCGCAAACCCUAUCGCAAACGGAGGCUUGCUUCGCAAGCCGUUGAAGAUGCCAAACUUCAAGGAUUAUGCCCUUCCUGUUGAGCAGGGUGGUGCCGUUCACGCUGGAGGCAUGGUCAACUUCGCCAAGUUCCUUCGCGACAUCAUGAAGAACAACCCCACAAACUUCCGCCUUAUGGGGCCCGACGAAACAGCGUCAAACAAGCUCGACACCGUGUACGAAGUGACGCAGAAGGUGUGGUUGGGUGAGUAUGCUGAAGAAGACGCGGACGGGGGUCAUUUGAGCCUGGCCGGCAGAGUCAUGGAGAUGCUUUCUGAGCAUCAGUGCGAAGGCUGGUUGGAAGGGUACCUCUUGACCGGGGGACAUGGAAUGCUGAGCAGCUACGAGGCUUUUCUCCAUAUUAUCGACUCCAUGGUCAACCAGCAUGCCAAAUGGCUUGAAAAGACUCGGGAAACUGAGUGGCGUGUUAGAAUAGCCUCACUCAAUGUUCUCGCAGCAUCGCCCUGCUGGCGACAAGAUCAUAACGGUUUUUCCCAUGCCAGCCCGGGCUUCUUGGAAGUCGUGGCGAAUAAGAGUCCAGAAGUUGUUCGGAUAUAUCUUCCACCUGACGGAAAUUGUUUACUUUCCGUCAUGGACCACUGUUUUCGGUCCACAAAUUAUGUCAAUGUCAUCGUUGCGGACAAGAAGGAGAAUCUCCAGUAUCUGAACAUGGAUGAAGCAGUCAUCCAUUGCACCAAGGGUAUUGGUAUCUGGCCGCGAUAUAGCACAGACAAGGGCGAAGAGCCCGAUGUGGUGAUGGCAAGCUGUGGUGACAUUCCCACGCUCGAAUCUCUCGCGGCCAUCGACCUUCUCCUCAACCACUUCCCAGACCUCAAGAUUCGUUGCGUCAAUGUGGUCGAUCUCUUCAAACUGAUCUCCAAUGACGAUCAUCCGCACGGACUGACCGACGCCGAAUUCGACUCGCUCUUCACGGCAGAUAAGCCUGUGAUUUUCAACUUCCAUGCCUACCCAUGGAUGAUCCACAAGUUGACCUACAAGAGGAACGGAAGCAGAAACAUUCACGUCAAGGGCUACCGCGAGAAGGGCAACAUCGACACUCCCCUCAAGCUCGCAAUCAGAAACAAGGCAGAUCGCUUCAGCUUGGCCAUCAGCGCUAUCGACCAUAUUCCACACUUGGGGAACAAGGGUGCCAGCGCCCGCGAGUAUCUCAAGGACCAGCGCAUCAGCGCCCAGAACCAUGCUUUCGAGACUGGGGAGGAUCCCCACUCCGUCACAGAGUGGGCAUGGCCUCACAAGGGCAGCCUCGAGCAGGCAGUGGGCAGGUUGAGUUUGAAAAAUCCCGCAUGAGCUUCUUCAUGGUUUUUGGGUGCAAGGAAAUUCCUGCAAGUGGCAGACAAGGAGGACACAAGAAUAGGUCACGGUAUUUCGUAUGCUAUAGUAAUAUAAUAUAUUGAACUGAAAGAUUCUAGAGCCUCCUUAUAUCUAGGCUUCUAUAGAUGUAUCUAAUGGUUAAAACUACUAAAGUUAAUUUUCCAUCUAAGUGAUAUCGUCGUGUAGUAUAGAUAGCAG